AUGGAACACUACAACAAACUAGAAGACCCGACUGAUGAGGAGAAUGACAUGUUGGAUUUGGCCUUUGGGCUUACAGAAACUUCUCGUCUGGGUUGUCAAGUGAUUGCAAAGCCUGAGCUCAAUGGAAUGCGCUUAGCUAUUCCUGCUGCCACUCGUAAUUUUGCAGUUGAUGGGUAUGUUCCAAAACCACACUAG